AUGGAUAGGAACACAUUUGGGCGUCUUUGUCGUAUUCUUCGUGAUCGUGUAGGCUUGAUAGAUCAGAAGUUCGUCACUGUAGAAGAACAAGUUUCUAUGUUUUUAUGUGUUCUUUCCCACCACACGAAGGCUCGGAUAGUUGGGUUCAGAUUCAUGCGGUCAUCCCAAACCGUAUCAAAGUACAUACACACUGUGCUCCGUGGAGUGCUGACGCUUCACAAUCUUUUUUUAGCAAAGCCCACUCCUAUUGAUGAGGCUUGCUCUGACCGACGUUGGAAUUGGUUUCAGGGAUGUCUUGGCGCAUUAGAUGGCACCUAUAUCAACGUACGAGUUCCGGUUGCUGACGCACCUCGUUACAGAAACAGGAAAGGGCAAAUCACGACAAACGCACUUGCCGUAUGUGACCCUCACCUCCGCUUCACUUACCUUCUGCAAGGAUGGGAGGGGUCCGCCGGCGAUUCAAGGAUUUUGCGGGAAGCAGUCAGUAGACCCCUCGGUCUAAAGGUGCCUAAAGGUUGUUACUACCUUUGCGAUAACGCGUAUGCAAAUGCCGAGGGGUUUAUGACCCCCUAUAAAGGAGUGCAUUAUCAUUUGAAGGAAUGGGGCCCUGGUAGGCAAGCACCAAACCCCGGAAGAGCUGUUCAACUUGAGACACACAAAGGCCCGAAAUGUCAUCGAACGAUCGUUUGUGGUGCUGAAGAUGCGAUGGGGUAUACUCCGAUCUGCAAGUUUCUACCCGAUAGAUGUUCAAACAGGCUUGAUCAUAGCAUGCUUCCUACUACACAACUACAUCAGAGGUGAAAUGGCUGUAGAUCCAAUUGAGGCAGAGCUGGCAAAUGAAGCAAACGAUGAGGAAGAAAACGAGCUUGAUUCGGAUAAUAUGGAAUAUAUCAGUAGCGUUGAACCUUCAACAGCAUGGACCAAGAAACGAGAUGAUCUUGCAAGAGCUAUGUGGGCGGAGAGAACUGCAAUGUAACCGUGUAUGCCGUUAGCUACUUGUAACCUUCUAGAUUCGUAUUGACAGUAUUCGUGUGGAUUUUUUCACUUGUUGGCAUGUUAAGAAUUAAUACAUUUC